CCAGCUGCUGUGCGUUCCUUCUCACUGCCCAGCUGAUCCUUUCUCCCUCGGUCUCCUACCCCCAGUGUGGAGCGGGGUUCCCGAGUGUGCCGUGGUGUGACUGGUGCCUGGAUACCCUAACUUCCCCCCUCAGUGCUGUGGGGAGCCUCCGCACUGCUGAAUGUGCCAGUGGGGUGCCCAGCCCCCACACUCAGGAUGCUGAGGAACAGCUAAACUUCCCGAAAGCCCCGCGCCCCGCGCCCCUGCGGCAGCAUGCAGAACACCACCUGCCAAUGGCCUGGGGCUCUCUACCAAAGCGAACCCCUGCAAGCAAAGAGGAAGCCAGCGAUGUUCCUGGAGAACUGAUGUUAAUAGUCCCCUGGGGCUGAGUCCUUCGAACAGGCAGGUAGCCGCGUUCUGCGAGAGCUCUAGCUUCCUGCCUAGCGCAAGGGGCCCUUCGCGCAGAGAGGCGAGCAGCCCAGCUCAGCGUGAGGGGCAGGGGUGAGGAGACCAAGGCUGGGGCUGUUCCUGAGAGCCGGGCAGCCCUGGCACAGCGAGUGCGUUCAUAUUUAGAGCAGACUGCGCCUUGAGGGUGCAGUUUCGUGCAGUCCCACGGCAGCCUGGCCCGUGUGUCUGCAGAGAGCAGGAUGUGGCCAGGGGUGCAGGCAGCAGUGAGCUCUCUCUUCGGGGGAAUACACGGUGUUCAAAUGCUGCAGAGAAAAGUGCAGCAGAAGCAGCGGGGAGGAGAGCAGGGCCAGAUACUGCACCUUGCCCCUUUCCCUGGCAUAGCCCAGGCUGGAGGGGCUGUUCCAGGAACUGGUCAGUGGAGAUUUUUGUUUAUGCACGAUUUGCAUUCUUUGCCUGCCUAGCGCUCCAGGAAGGGCAGGGGGACUUUAUCUCACGCCCUCAGCAGAGCACUGCGGGGAGUAGUGGUUUCCUCUUCCCUGAUGACUGAGCUCACUGCUGCUCUGGUGUCACCCAGCUCGGGGACCCUGCUCCGCAGAGCCGAGGAACCGAGGGCUUGAAGACAUGCAGCUCGUCGGGACGCAUUGAGAGAAGACACUUUGAAUGGUUUAUGAGAAGAAAGCAAGAUGGACGGAAGUCAGCCCCGCAUCGAGACUCCCACGGCUCCCAAGAAGAUCUCUCUGCUUUCCUCUCCCAUGCGGGCAGUCAUCCGUCUGCGACGAAAAGUCCAGUUCCUGAAGAAAAGCCGCCUGCAUCUGAACCUUCCCAGAGAACCAUCUCCAGAGCUGGUCCAAACUAGGCUUCUUCAAAGGCAGAUUUCCUUGAGCCGAACAAACCUGUGUAACCCUUCGAUGGCCCUCUUUAAUCAAGCCACCUUUGACAGUUCUCAGUACUUCACCUUUGACACCACUGUGGACCAUUCAGUGGUGAAUAAAUACAAACGGAAGAAGACCCGCAGGAAGUCCAGGGUGGUGUUGUAUCCAGAAAGCUCCAAAAAGUACCUUCCAACAGAGCAAAAGAGUAAAGCAAAGCGCUGCCUUCUCUUGCUCAUUGGCAUCAUCUGCUUCCAAAUACUAAAUGCUAUUGAGAAUCUGGAUGACAACCUUCAGAAGUAUGACCUAGAUGGGCUGGAGAAAACCAUGCACCGGGAAGUAUUUGGGCAGAAGGUGGCUGUGGACAGAAUUAUGGAAUUGUUGAAAGAAUACCUGGCCACCCACAUACACAACAAGCCAUUAGUGAUCUCCUUCAAUGGCCCACCUGGGGUUGGAAAGAGCCAUGUUGGAUGGCUGCUGGCUAAACACUUCCGUUCAGUCAUGGACAAUGACUUUGUGCUUCAGUACUUUGUGAUGCACCACUGUCCAAACAAGGAGGCUACUCCUGCUUGCCAAUCGGAUUUGUCUGAAAAGAUUUCCGAGAUGGUCACCAGAGCAGAAAUAGAAGAGAAGAUACCAUUGUUUAUUCUGGAUGAGGUUGAGCUCAUGUCUCCAGUCCUGCUGGAUACGCUCAGCAGAUUCUUCCAACCGAACCAGACCAACGAGUUCCUCAAUGCCAUCUACGUUCUAAUAAGCAACCUAGGGGGCAGUGAAAUCACAACGUUUGCCCUCCAGAAUGUUUCCAGUGACCUGCUGCACCAGCAAAGACAAACAGAAGAACUGCUGUACAUUAUCCAGCCUGUUCUGACCCACUUCCACCCUCUUUGGAAGUCUGCUGACAUCAUCCCAUUUGGUCUGCUGGAGAAGAGUCAUGUCAUAAACUGCAUCUUGGAGGAGAUGAUGCGGGAAGGGCUGUACCCCGAUCAGAGCCAUAUUGAGAAGUUAGCUAGCCAGCUCGGCUAUUACACUACAGGAGGCAGGGAGUACGCCAUAACGGGCUGCAAGCAGGUCGGAGCCAAAGUCAAUCUACUGUAGCAGCAACCAUAAAGAAGAAGCCAAAUCCUGUUCUCGGCACUUUGCACUCAAUGGAGAUAGCCUGGCUGUCCACUGGCGUGACUGACAGCACAUUUUGGCCCAAGAUGCAUUUCUUCAAGAGGACAGAUACGAGGCUGUCCCAGUGACCACGUGAUAAGAGGGUUCCAGGAGGCAGAACAGCAGCUGUCACCUCUUCUAAGAUGAGCUCUGUUCUCCUCUUGAUUUAUCGGACUUGAGUCACUGAACUCCCACUGUCCUGUUGACUAAGGCCAGGAUCUCUCGCUGAGGAUAUGUCUGCAAAGCAAUUUAAGGCCGGGUCUGAGCCCGGGCACAAGCCAACCCCCCUUGUGUCCACCCUGUAAAUGUGCUAGCCUAGGGCUCCAGAUCCAAGGUCCUAGGACCCUGCAGGGCUGGAAGCUCCGAGCCCUACUGCUUUCCUGUGUGUACGUGGCCCCAGCCUGAUUUGGGUCCGGAAGUCCUCUGGAUGUUCCCAGAGUUCCCGGUGGCAGCGGAGCAGCGCUGCAGGCAGCCAGCGCAGCAGCUGGAAGUGCCAUUACUGCCUGGCCGAGCACGUUCCCUGUUCCUGCUCCUCUCACAGUAGCUGCUCCUGCUCCGGCUCCUCCUCGCGGCUGCGCGCAGGGGCGGCUCCAGGCACCAGCGCACCAAGCACGUGCCUGGGGCGGCAAGCCGCGGGGGGCGGCCUGCCGGUCGCCGUGAGGGCAGCAGUCAGGCUACCUUCGGCGGCUUG